CACCUUCCCAAAGAGCCACUCAAGGAAAGUUUGUUGCACCAACAAAUAAAAUAAAAAAACUCAUAAACACAGCAGUAACAUUUCACGAAAACUCUAAUUCUCUUUAUUCUUCAUCUUCAUCUUUCUAUUGUCUUUCUCUGUGUCACUACAUGCAGUGUUGCAAUGGUUCCCGCCAUUCCCCUUUCCCAAUAGAAUCCUAACUCUACUCUCUUCUUCAGGGAUAACUAGUUACUAUACCCUUUGGAGAAGUGGUUUGUGUUUAAAGCUCAGAAUUUAUGUCCCAGAAUCAAUCAAGGGCUGAAGGGAACCAGUCUGCGCAGAACAGGAAAUUCAGCCGAUCCGGUAGCUCAAAUCAGCAGCGCCACUUCUCAGGAAACAGCUCUAAUAAGGGCGGAGGAGCAACCGCCCUUUCCUCCAGUGGCAGUUUUAAGAAGUAUAAUAAUAAUGCAAAAGGAGGGCAAUCUAGGGCAGGAACAGUGAGUUCAGAUUCCAAUUCUUCAUCCGAAGCUCGUGCUACACAGAAUGGUGGUAAUCAACGGCAGCAGAACAGUGGAAUAUACAAUGCACCAGUUUCAAGUACAAGUGAAAAUUUCAAACCCGCCAAUGCCCCACCUCAAAAAGUCACACAAGCUGUUCCGAGAGGUCCUUCUUCGAAUGUUUCUACUGUUCAGUCUCAUGUUUCGACUGCCAGUUCUGAUUUCAAGGCCCCUACAACGCCUGCAAAGGGAGAUACAUCCGAGUCAUUUCCCCUACAAUUUGGGUCCAUAAGCCCUGGUUUUAUGAAUGGAAUUCAGAUACCUGCUCGAACAAGCUCUGCGCCACCAAAUUUGGAUGAGCAGAAAAGAGAUCAGGCUCGUCAUGACUCUUUAAGAGCUACACCUGCAAUGCCUACUCCAUCCAUACCCAAACAGCAAUUGCCAAAGAAGGAUGCAUGGGUUUCUGACCAACCUAAGGCUGGUGAAGCUCAGUCAGUGUCCAAAUUGAGGAGGGAUGCUCAAGUUUCAUCUGCACCUCCUUUGAACCAAGUUCAGAGGCCUUCUGCACAUCCUAUGCCUGGGAUGUCCAUGCAAAUACCAUUUCACCAACCACACGUUCCAGUUCAAUUUGGUGGCCCCAAUCCCCAAAUUCAGUCUCAAGCCAUGAUAAGCACAUCAUUGCCAAUGUCUAUACCUAUGGCUUUACCUUUGGGAAAUUCACCAGUGCAGCAGCCAAUGUUUGUUUCAGGUCUUCCGCCACACCCUAUGCAGUCUCAAGGAAUGAUGCAUCGGGGACAGAGCUUGAACUUUUCAUCUGCAAUGGGUCCUCAGCUUCCUCAUUUAGGUAACAUGGGAAUUAAUGUGGCCCAACAAUUUCCUCAUCAGCAGGCAGGACAAUAUGCUAGUCCUUGUAGAACUGUAAAGAUUACUCAUCCAAAGACUCAUGAAGAAUUGAGACUUGGUGGAUCACCUGUUCCGAGGUCAAAUCCUAAUGUGCCACCUCAAGCGCAACCUAUUCCAUCAUUUUCUCCUCAUAAUCCAAUGAACUAUUAUCCUAAUUCAUAUAAUUCCAGUCAUGUCUUUUAUCUUGCUCCAAACUCUGUUCCUAUGAACAGUACCCAAGCUCCUCAGCCACCAAGGUUCUAUAAUCAGGUUAAGCAGGUGAUAGUGAAACCACCGGGCAUGUCUCAUGGUGAGAAAGAUCCAUCACCAUCUGCAAGUUUGCUUUCUGUUGGAAAGGGAGAAUAUUUAAAACAUUCAAGGCCACAUGGAGAACAUUCAGUUGGUCCACAGAACGGAGUUGAGUCUUCAUCGUCAAUUUCUUUGCAGCAAUCAAAGCCUGGUUUAGGAACGUCAUCUACAGCAGUUCCCAUAGACAGUGAAGAACCUGCUGCAGUGUCAGGCUCUGUCACUGUGGAGAGUGCAUUGCUCAGUACUUCUGUGACGGGCACCAUUGAUGUUUCAGCAUCAUUGUCAGCCAACUCUGCUGAAGAAGCUGAAAAGGAAGCAGUUGUCAGGCCUGUAUCCAUUAAAGAUAAACAGAAAAAAGCAGGCGACAGAGACCAGCUGGAUCAAGUUGGUAAGCAAUCUUCCUCUGUUUCAAGUUUACCUUCGCAAUUGCGAAAACCUGAACCUGGGGAAGCUAAAGUCAUUUCAUUCGGAGCUAUCCCGGUAUUGGAAGCUGCAAAAGAGUCAUUUUCGGUAACUACUAUGGCAGCUUCAGAGCCUGUGGAAGGCAAUACAAAUGAUUCAUCUGAAGUACUGGGCAUAGAAUCUACAAUGAGUAGGCAAUCAAGGCCUGAGAAAGUGGGUAUAAAUGAACAAGUGGUAGUAAAAAGUUCUGAGAGUUCCAAACCUAAGUGUAGUUUGGAGACAUCUUUAAAGUCUCCUUCCUUAAAGCCUUCUGAAAUCUUUGGGUAUAAUAAAGAGAGUUCUUCUCAGGACGUAACAUCCACCGGUUGUGGAGAUUGUUCGGUAGAAACUGUAGAGGGAAAACUGGAAGAAUCUUUGCAUUGUCACUUUGAUGAUGCUAGUGUGUCAGAUGAUUUAGUUACACCUACUUGGGUACUGGAUGGUGCGAAUGCCAAAAGUUCUGUUUCAGUGAUAGGUGCAUCUGCUGCUCAUUAUGAUAGCAACUGUACUUUAGAUGCUUCUUUCAGUGGGCCGGACAGCAUAGAUCCUAAAGAAACCACUGUUACAAACUCUGCUGCAUCAAGCCAAGAGUUUUCUCCCAUUUCAAUUCCAUCUCCUCCUGAGGGUGUUCUAAAACUCGAAAAUGAAGAUACUGAGAAUAUCAGUAGUGGCUUGCUUCCUUCGUCACCUGGUUUCCAGGUGAAAGUCUUCUCAGAGUCUGUGGCAAGAAGUACCGUGACUGGAGCGAAGAAAAAAAAAGAUUUAUAUCGAAAAGCUGAAGCUGCCGGUACAAGUUCUGAUCUUUAUACGGCAUAUGAGGGUCCUGAGGAAAAGAAAGAAAAUGUAACUGCUGCAGAAAGCGCAGAAAACACUACAAGAGAGGGUACGAAGCAGACAUUGAAUAAUGUGACUCUGAAUAAAGUUACGCCAAAUGUGAAACCUUCUCUGAGCAAGGCAGAGCCAGAUGAUUGGGAAGAUGCUGUGGACAUCUCUACUCCGAAGUUAGAAACUAUAAAGAAUGAAAGUGAGAUUAAUGGUGCAGAUGACAAUGGAUUGACGACUAAAAAAUAUUCCCGCGAUUUCCUCCUCAAGUUUGCAGCACAAUGCACCAAUCUUCCUGAGGGUUUUGAAGUCACUACUGAAAUAGAUAAUGCAUUGCUGGUUUCAGGUGAUGGUGUUUUACGUGAGUCACACCCUAGUCCUGGACGAAAUACUGACAGGCCAAUCGGGGGAUCUAGAUCAGAUCGUCGUGGAAAUGCCAUGGCUGGUGAUGACAAGCGGAAUAAAUUACCAGGGCCUCUUAUGUCAGUGCGAGGGGAUAUGCAGAUGGAUAUUGGUUAUUUAGGUAAUGUGGGGUUUCGACCUGGACAAAGUGGUAUUAAUGGUGUUCCGAGGAAUCCACGCCUGCAGACACCUGGUCAAUACACAGGGGGUAUCUUUCCUGGGCCUAUGCAUUCCCCAGGUAUGCAGGGAGAUGUGCAAAGAAAUAACUCCGAUUCUGAUAGGUGGCAGCGUGGAACUGCUUUUCAGAGGGGUUUAAUGCAUUUUCCUCAGACACCAUUACAGGUGAUGCACAAAGCUGAGAAGAAAUAUGAAGUAGGUAAAGUGACGGAUGAAGAACAAGCCAAGCAGAGGCAGUUGAAAGCUAUCCUAAACAAGCUUACUCCCCAGAACUUUGAAAAACUAUUUGAGCAAGUUAAGCAGGUCAACAUUGACAAUGUUAUUACGCUCUCUGGGGUGAUCUCACAGAUAUUUGAUAAAGCUCUCACGGAACCCACCUUCUGUGAGAUGUAUGCUAACUUCUGCUUUCACCUUUCUGCGGAGUUACCUGAUCUGAGCAUAGAAAAUGAAAGAAUAACUUUCAAGAGAUUACUCCUGAACAAGUGUCAGAUAGAAUUUGAGAGAGGAGAAAGAGAAGAAGAGGAGGCAAAUAAAGCUGAUGAGGAAGGUGAAGAUAAACAGUCAGAAGGGGAAAGGGAGGAGAAGAGACUCAGGGCACGAAGACGCAUGUUGGGUAAUAUAAGAUUAAUUGGAGAACUAUACAAGAAGAGAAUGCUUACAGAGAGAAUAAUGCACGAGUGCAUAAAGAAGUUAUUGGGUCAGUAUCAAAAUCCUGAUGAAGAAGAUGUUGAAGCAUUAUGCAAAUUGAUGAGCACAAUAGGUGAGAUAAUAGAUCAUCCCAAAGCAAAGGAGCACAUGGAUGCUUAUUUUGACAUUAUGGCGCAGAUGUCAAGUAACAUGAAACUGUCUUCCAGGGUAAGAUUCAUGCUUAAAGAUGCAAUUGAUCUGAGAAAGAAUAAGUGGCAGCAGAGGAGGAAAGUUGAAGGUCCGAAAAAGAUUGAAGAGGUGCACAGAGAUGCCGCACAAGAACGGCAGACGCAAGCUGGCAGGCUUGCUCGUGUUCCGAGUAUUGGCACAUCUGUUAGAAGAGGUCCAUCUAUGGAUUUUGCUCCCAGAGGUUCUAAUAUGUUUUCUCCUAAUUCUCAGACAGGUGGUUUCCGUGCUGUUCCCUCGCAGAUCCGUGGUUAUGUUUCGCAGGAUGCACAGUUGGAGGAGAGACAUUCCUUUGAGAACAGGACCAUUUCUGUUCCUUUGCCUCAAAGACCCCUUGGAGAUGAUUCCAUAACCCUUGGGCCCCAAGGUGGUCUUGCUAGGGGAAUGGCUUUCAGAGGGCAGCCAACAGCACCUAGCAUUCAUUCAGCUGAGAUGCCAAGUUCAGGAGAUGCACCAAGGAUGGAAUCUGGUCUAAAUGGAUUCAGUUCUAUGCCUGAACGGACAACUUAUGGUAAUAGAGAAGAUCUCAUGUCAAAACACAUGCCCGUCAGGUUUGCUAGUCCGACUAUUUACGGCCAAUCACAUCAACAAGAGUGGAAUAUGACCAAUGAGAAUAGAGAUAUUAGAAAUAUAGAUCGCAACUUUGAUAGAUCUCUUGAAUCUACACCUACACAGGGUGGGCCGAUAAAUUCGAUGCAGGCCUUGCCAGAAAAGCACUUGCAUGACAUGUCCUUGGCUGCAAUUAAAGAAUUCUACAGUGCAAAUGAUGUGAACGAGGUUGCUUUGUGCAUCAAGGAAUUAAGAGCUCCUAGCUUUUAUCCAUCGAUGAUCUCCAUCUGGAUUUCCGAUUCAUUUGAAAGGAAGGACAUGGAGAGAGAUCUCUUGACAGAGCUCCUUAUUAAUCUUGCAAAACCUCGAGAUGGCAUGUUAAGUCGGGAUCAAUUAAUCAAAGGAUUCGAAUCUGUUCUUGCUGGGCUGGAAGAUGCUGUCAAUGAUGCCCCCAGGGCAGCAGAGUUUCUUGGCCGUAUCUUUGCCAAAGUCAUAUUAGAUGACAUCGUUCCAUUUUCUGAAAUUGGACGGUUGAUAUAUGAAGGUGGGGAAGAGCAAGGUCGUCUUAUUGAAAUAGGGCUUGCAGCAGAAGUCCUUGGUACUAUCUUGGAGAAGAUCAAAUCUGAAAAAGGUGAUUCUGCACUGAGUGAGAUCUGUUCCAGCUCUGAUCUACAGCUUGAAAACUUCAGGCCUCCCGGUUCUAACAAAUCUUGGAGAAUAGACAAGUUCCUCUAGAAGACACCGAUGCUCAUUGUAUCUGGUGAAGAAAAAAUCAUCUCCCUUUUUUUUUUAAUUAUCACCGUUUUAAAUUGACAAAGAAAUAUUAUUCUGGGCAGAUGGGUAUUUAUGUAACCAUGUUUUGACAUUGCUUACUGAAAUAGCUAGAGGUUCGACUGAGCAACUGAUUAUUCUUUUCAAGUAUCUCAGCUUUACAUCCUCUGCUCGGACCCUUUCUAUACUAUCUAUACUAUGUUAUUUAUGAGUG